GGUUGCAGCUGCUACUGCUGGUAUCACAGAGCGGAAUUUCAUACACAAGAUCCCUUAUAAUACUCUUGAUAACCAGUAAGCAAGCAGAGAUGGCAGAGGCUCAGAGUGAAAGGACUUCCAGGGCAAAUGUCAAGAAAGCAGUGGAAGAUCUACCACCGCCUCCUGCUGCUGCUGUUCCUCACCUCCAGGACUCUCCUGCUGCUCCCGUGACCCAGGAUUCCAGUUCUCUUCCUGUACCGCCACCUAAAGAAUCUUUCUCCAAGUUCUAUCAGCAACGCCAAGUGAAUGAGUUGAAAAGACUCUACCGCCACAUGCAUCCUGAGUUAAGGAAAAAUCUGGAAGAGGCUGUGACAGAAGACCUGGCAGAAAUGUUGAGUCCAGAUGACCCUAAUGAGCCAGUGACUCCCGAUGCCGUGCUUCCAGGAGAAGUUCAAUCCAUGCGUUGGAUCUUUGAGAACUGGACCCUGGACUCCAUUGGGGAACGUCAAACUGCCAAAAAGCUGGCUGAGGAGGAAGCCAUCCCAAGUGGAGAUGUGAAGAAUAGGUCCAUGAGGUUUGAAGGCCAGCCUUCUCAUGGAGACAGGCUGCUCCCUUCAGCCAAAGCAUCAGAGCCACAACAAACGAAAGGGGAUGUAUACACUGCUCGGUGGUUAUUUGAAACUCAACCUUUAGACUCUUUAAACAAAAUGUACUUGGAUGAGACAGAUUUGCAAGAGGCAGUCCUGAAAGAGCCUGUUGAGAGGGGAGAUGUGAAAGGAGCAGCACGGCUCUUUGAAACCCACUCCUUAGAUGCCUUGGGUCACUGCAGUUCAGUGGAGGAGGAGAAUAUCCUGCAGCUUAAGUCAGAAAUGCAGGAACUCAAAGGUGGGGUCAAUAAAACCAUCAAGCUCUUCCAGACUGAACCCAUCUGUGCUCUCCAGGACAAAAGUGGAAGCAUUCAUGAGAUCAAAUCCAUCUGCAGAGAAGAAAUACAGACCAACUCCGUGAAGACAGCUCGGUGGCUGUUUGAAACCCAGCCACUGGACACCAUCAACAAAGAUACUUCCAAAGUGCAGGUCAUUCGGGGGAUAUCUCUAGAGGAGGCUGCCAGGGGAAAUGUCAGUGGAACAAAAUGGGUGUUUGAAACUCAACCUCUAGAUGCCAUAAAGGAGUUCACGGUGACCGAAGCAGAUUUCAAGGCUUCUCCAGAUCUUAUCCAAGGAGCUGAUGUCAGCAAACAGUGUCAACUUUUUGAGACUCAGCCUCUUGACACUCUGAAAGGAGAAUCCUCCAACAGCCUUCCAGCUAAAGAAGAAGUUAUCAAAGGGGAUGUAAAAUCAACUCUUUGGUUAUUUGAAACCCAACCUAUGGAAACCCUGAAAGAUCAUUUUGAAGUUGGGCAUUUAAAAAGAGUAGAACUUUCAGAAGAUGAGAAAGGAGCUGUGAAGCAAACAAAGCAUAUUUUUGAGACCUACCCUUUCAGUAGCAUCUCAAAAUCUCCAGCUGAAGAUUUCUCUACUGCACAGGUCCAAGAGGUAGAGAAAGGGGAUGUGAAAGCAUUCAAGAAUCUCUUUGAGACUCUUCCUUUAGAUAGCAUCAGGCAAGUAAGCACUGAGGAGGUCACCAAGGAAGAAGAAGACAUAACUUCUGGGAAGGUGAAAACCAGUCAGUUCCUGUUUGAAUCAACACCUUUGUAUGCUAUUAAGGACUGCUUGGGCCAUUUCCACAAGGUCACCUCUGUGAGUAGAGAUGAGGAAGUAACCAGUGGAGGUGUUAAAAAUUACAAAUGGAUGUUUGAAACCAAGCCUUUAGAUGAGUUUGAUGAGAGUAUCCAAAAAGUGGAUGUGAUCAGGGGCAUCACUAAGCAGGAGAUGAUGGCUGGAGAUGUUAAGACAGCCAAGUGGCUCUUUGAAACACAACCCAUUGAUGUCAUCCAUAGCCAAGUCAACCAAGCAGAACAGAACAUUUCUGAGAAAAGAGAGGUUUCUCAAGGGGGCAAUGUAAAGACUUGCAGGUGGUUGUUUGAGACACAGCCAAUUGAUGCCCUAUGUGAGAAGGAUGAGAUAAAGGAGAACCAAGAAGACCCUGUUCCUCAAGCUGAUGUCAAAUCAUAUACAUGGAUGUUUGAAACCCAGCCCUUGGAUACAUUGAAAGGUCAAGAAGAGCACCACUUGCAGGUCAGAAAGACCUUCCACCAGGAUGAAUUACAAGGGGUAGAUGUGAAAACUGUCAGGCACCUCUUUGAAAUGGAACCUCUAUCCAGUAAUGUCACUGGUAAUAGCCAGAAAAUAAUCAGGUGCUCCAGCAGGGUGGAGAUACAGUCUGGAGAAGUGUCCAGAGUAAAGGAGUUUUUUGAAGCCAAACCUUUGGAUUCAGCAGCUAAAUCAAGGACAGUCAUGAAAGAAAGUCCUAGCCCAGGAGAUGGGAACAUUGAACCUGGGGCUGUACACAAGUUCACUUGGCUCUUUGAAAAUUGCCCCAUGGACACCUUAAAGAGCAGUACAGAGGGUCUUCAAGAGAUAACUCUGGAAAAGGACAUUCAAGGUGGAGAUGUUGGGAGCAAAAGAUUCAUUUUUGAAACCUACUCUCUUGAUCAGAUCCAUGAAAAAGAAAAUGAGAUGCAAAUCAAGAAAAUCCAGGAAGAAACAUCAAGAGAGGCCAACGUCACCUCUUGCACUAUGCUGUUUGAGACCCAACCACUAUAUGCUAUUCAGGACAAAGAUGGAGGAUAUCAUGAAGUGACAUCGGUGAAGAAGGAAGAGGUCAUAAAAGGUGAUGUGAAAGGUGCCCGAUGGCAAUUUGAGACAAAACCAUUGGAUCAAAUCAAGAAAGAUGAAGAGGUCUUUGUGAUCAGAGCUGUAACGCAAGAAGAUUUCAAGAAGGGAGAUGUCCAAUCAGCCAGGUGGAGAUUUGAAACAGAGCCUCUAGAUUCCAUUGCUGAAGAAAAGAGGCCUAUCUUGAAGAGUGUUGAGGAUGUACAGAAGGGAGAUGUCCAAUCUAAUAAGCAACUAUUUGAGUCAGAACAACUUGGCCAAAAGAAGUAUGUGAGGAUGGUUAGCGUCAGUGAUGUCCAGCAGGGGGAUGUAAGGACAUCUACCUGGCUUUUUGAAAAUCAGCCCAUGGAUUCCUUGAAAGGAGACCCUGAAAGUGCCUCCAGCUUGACUACUGUCCAGAGGGAAGAUAUCCAUAAAGGAGAUGUCAAACGCUGCACUUGGCUAUUUGAGACUCAACCGAUGGACAGUCUUAAAGACACAGAAGCUUCAACAAGCACAGAACCCCUAAAGGGGAUUCCUCAAGCCAGUGUAAAAAGCACUACAUGGUUGUUUGAAAGUACCCCUCUGGAUAAAUUCAGCUCUCUUCAACGUGACACAGAAAUAGAGACAAAAGAGAGGACACCAUCAGAUACUUUGGAACUUUUCUUCUCCCAUCAACUGAUCCAAAAUAAUGGCAUCCUUAUUGAAGCCAAUAAUGCUGAGGGUAUCAGGAUGGCAACAUAUCAACUUAGUAACCAAGAAGCCCCCAAAGUCCAAAAGGAAAAGAUUGUAGGAGGCAAUUUGCAAAUGGUCUUGUUGCAAUUACUUCAGAGUAGCAAUGUGGAGGCCUGGGGGAUGUUAGUGCGAGAAGAGGAGAAUGGGGGUAUCAAAAUUAAUCCUAUACAGCUGUUGGACUCUAACAAACCUGAGAAAAGCAAAGAGGACAUGAGGAAUGACAUGGCAAGGACUCUUCAAGAACUUCUCAACCAAGAGAGCUCAAUUAAGAAAGGAAUAGUUAUGCAGGAGACAGAUACAGGAUCAACAAAGAUGAUUAUUUAUUCUCUCCAUCAGUGGGUUGCUCAACAGCAUACAUUUGUGAAGGGUGAUGUGAAGUCAGUGAUUGGGAAUCUUCUUACUUCUUCACAAGAGCAGAGAACCACAGCAACCAUCAGACGAGAGGACAACGAGAAGGGCAACGUCCAGUUGUACACUCGCUGCAUCGAGAAGGGAGAUCUUGACUACUUAAAGAACCUCCAAAGGGAUUCAGAGAUAGAAUCCCUAGUUUCUUCACAAGCAAAAGAAGAACCACCAAAAAUUGUGCAAGAAGCUGAGGCACCAGCCCAGGUACAGAACAAGAAAGGAGCAACAACAGCAAAUGUGACACAAGGGAAUAAUGACUGGGCUGAGCAAACAUUAUUCUGGAAGAGCAAAGAAGGUAUGUUAGAAAAGGAAGUCCUACAUGUCAAUCAUCAGAGUCCUACUCCCUAUCAUCCAGUACAAUCUGGGACCCCAUCAUUAUCCAAAGAAAACAUAGUUCCUCAGAAUGUUUCAUCGCCCUUCCAGUCGGUGGAAAGAGCACAGAAUGGUGGCCAAAGAGCAUUUGGAGAACAAAUAGUUCUGGAGGAUGGAAAGGAAAGAACGGCCAUACAAGUGGCAGAUCAGAACCUGGCUGGAGCUACCUAUGGUUUCAAGGGAGGAGAAACCAACUUAAUAACAGCUCAACCCACAGCACGGGUUCCCGGGAGUGAUCUUCAAGCUGCAAUGCAGAGUCUAAGGAAAGCCACAGCAGAAGCUAAAACUCUGCAGCAACAAGUGCAGAGCAAGCUGCAAAAGAUGACCGACAAUAUGCAGCUGAGCAGCACCCAACCCCAAGCAGAGACCCUGCAAAGCACGGUACACAAAGAAGGCCGUGAGGCCAGCAAGCGACAGCCAACUAGCAAUGUGUCCUCUCCUAGAAGGCAGGAGACAUCCCCGUCCUGUGUCAGUCCAUCUCAGAAGAGCACGGCGUCCUUGCUCCUAAAGGUCAGUGACCCUGAGGAAGGACAGGGAGGGACACUGCCACUUGCGCCCCAGCAAGCCAGCCAAGUGUUACCUAGGACAGAUCAUAGCAUUAAGGACGGCCUUUACACAGCCAAGCCCAUGAAGUCCUAUGUAAACCCGUUCCUUGAAUCUGACUACCAAGAGCACUCCGUUCCAGAAGAACGCGAGCAAGACGUUGUAAUCAGAGGGGAUGUAAAAACAGCUAUCAGAGCCCUGCAGAACGCUGCAACAGAGCAGAGACAAGUAGAGAAAGAGGACGUGGUCCGUGGCAACUUAAAAGCCGCGCUCGAGUCCCUGGAAAAGUCUAACGUUAAUGUGUCCCAAGGGGAUUUUAAAGCAGCCAUGAUAUACAGGAGUGCGGGGCAGUCUUAUUCCAUGGGUAAAAAGAAACAGGAAGCUGAGUGUGUUAGUGACCAGGGAAUUACUGUACCAGCUGUGGGCUCACAAGGUGUUAAUGACUUUCCUCCUCCUCCUCCUCCUCCUCCAGCUUCAUUGAUGAGGCCUGAUGGCCACCCACCCUCGCCCCAGCCAAGAGAAGCUGAAGUCCUGUGCCGUUCCCCACCUGCGCAGCCACACGACCCCAAAACUCCCUCACUUGCCCCAGCCCAAGCGGGUCAUCAGAGACUUCCAGAGAAGCCACAGCUCCCACCCAAGCCAGAUGUCAUUGCCCCACCAAGGAAGAAGCCUGUUCUCCCCCCAAAACCAGAAUUCCUUUUGAAGGAGGCACUGCCCCACCCCGCAGGAUGCAACAAAGGACAAUCAGGAAAGGCACCUCCACUUGCUUUUCCUCCCAAGUCUCCCACCUUGAUUGAACAGAACAAGCCCAGCACCUUGCCUAUGGUGAACCAAGCAAGAGCAUCUUGUGGAGCUGAGAUCUGGGGACAAUCCGUAUGUAGACAGGGUCCAGGGGUGUCUCCUUCACCCAUAGUGACCAAUGUUGAGGACAUCAAUGUUGAGAAGAAGGCAGUAAAAGAUAUAAUCAAGUUGUCUCUGCAAGAUGAAGAAGAAAAAUCUAAGGCAAGGAAGGAAGAGAGGACCAGAGUGGAAUUGACUGGCCACAGCUCUUUGUCAAAGCCAGUAAAAACUGGAUUGGAUAGUCAUGAAGAAGGAAACUGUCAUCUAACGAAGGACCUUCAAAGGUUCCAGGAGACAUCCCAAAAAGAAAAGAUAUGUGCCGUAUCUGAGAAGCAAGACUCUCUCACACCUUUUGAAUGCCAAAUGGGUCUUCCUAACCUAGAAACUCAGAGGAAGCCGUAUUUGUCUGCAAAGUGCCAUGCAAAUAUUCUGAGGAAAGGAACUGUCAUGACACACACCCCAUCGUCAAAGUCAGAAAGAACAAGUGUGGAAUCACAGGCAGACAGGUCAGAAUCUGCUCUUUCAGUAUCUUCAGCUUUAGAAGCCGAACAGUUUUUUAAAGGACAUCAGACUGAGAACAGUGGUGGCUUAAGAGAUCCAGAAAUGAAGAAUGACUGGAACACAGAGAAGGAAAAUCCAGUAGUGGUCAUGAGGGAAAAAGCUGGCAAAGAAACCGAAGAAGAGCGUCGCAAGAGAUUAUCCGUCCAUAAAGAGGAGAUCAUGAAAGGCAACGUCAAGGAAGCCAUGGAGAUAUUUGAAAACUUACGAAGACAGGAGGCGCUCCAGGAAAUCUUAACGCAAGUGAAGGAGUUUGAAGAGGAGACCUCAAAGGUGGAUGUGAAAGCCUUGAGAAACCUCUUUGAGAAUGUGGCCGAUUGGGUGGCAGAUCGAAAGCCUCACCAGACGAAACAGCCCAAAGUAGAGAAAGCUGAACAGUUGAAGGAAGUUAAAGAAGAUGCAGAGAGUGUUUCCUCAGUAGAGUUGGCUUUUGAAGAUCUAGAGCGAGCCAGUGCUGAGAUUGUUCAUUUGAAGGAGCAGACACUAAGUAGACUCCUGGAUAUUGAAGAAGCCAUUAAGAAAGCUCUCUAUUCCAUUUCUAGCCUCAAGUCUGAGUCAGACAUAGCUGGGCUCUCAGGUCUUCUCAAGGAGUCUCUGGGGAAUUCUCAGAGCCUUCCGGCGGGGAACAAUAUCCGCAAAAUCAGUAUCAUUUCCAGCAAAGCCAAACAAGAAAAAGGGAUACAAAACUCGUCAUGGGAAGGAGAAAAGGUGUCUGAUCAGCAAGAGGCACGCAAACUGUCACUGGAAGUUCCUCAUGUCAUUCAGCCUCGAUCGACCUCUCCUUCUUCUCCUUCCUACAUCUCCAUUCAAUCGGCAGCACGAAAAAGUAUAGAAUCUCCCCACGUCGGGCCUUUAGCUUCAUCAAACCCCACGGAAGCAGCCAUCGAAAGAGAAACAUUCUCACCAAAACGUUUCAGCUCCCUGCCAUGUAAACCGAUGAGAUCCGAUGGCUACAGCAGGACUUCCUGUGAAGGGGAACAGGAGGAGGUCAUCCAGAUUAAAAAAGGAGGAAGUUUAAUUAAACAGCAACACCUCGGCAGUCCUGGACAUUUUGCUCAUCACCUGAGCAGUAAUGGUGCGAAGGAAAAGGACGCUGUCCAAGGAAUAGCUUCGGAUUUUACUUCCAAGUCUUCUCUAAGUGCUUUAAGCCCCUCAAAUCCAAGGAGACAGAAAAGUAUUCUAGAGUUGCAAACAAGCCAUGAUGGAUCCAAACUCUACGGGGCUACCCGAACGGUGACAGAGCAGUAUGAGGAGGUGGAUGAAUUUGGAAACAAAAUCAUUACAUCGUCCACUACAGUCACUAAACAAUCAGAGACUCAGACUUCCUCCACGUGUGACAUGGUGUCUUGCCCUACCAGAUAUGAAGUGACUGCUUCUCCAAUACUUCGUCAAUAUCUAAACAGCCCAGCAAAUUUCCUUUCAGAUGAUGGUCACCAAGAAACAGGGGUUGUCUUUGUCACCUUCAGCAACUCAAAGCCAGUGAAGAAAUAAGCAAACAUCCAUGAGCUGAGCCAUCAAUGAUGGCGAUCAACAAGAUCAUUGAUCCUGACCAUUUGGAGUUAAACCAGUUUGAUUGGAUAGAUUUUAAAAGGACUCUGCUGACUUAAACCCACUAUAUGCCAUAAGCAAUGUUAUCAUCCUUGGGGCUGUUACUGUUUUUUAAAGAAAGAAUGAUGCGGAAAAACUCUUUGCCCUACAAAUAAUAAUAGUCUUAACAUUGGGCAUGAAUCUCAAAGGUGCAUUCAAAGCUCCUUCUUCAAGAAGAAAGGACCACCAGCUUAGUAGAAACCCAGGUUUUCAGGUCCAGAGAGAAAAGAAAAGGCCAGAACUGCAAAAUAAAAACUAAAAACGAGAUGGCUGCUUUCAAGAGCAUUCUUCACAGUUGUAGAACUUUGCCUUGGGGCCAAGCCACCAUUCUGGCACGGAAUGACUACGUAGACAAGCAGCAAUCCAACAUUUUGAGGUGGUGGGUUCUUUUCGGGGUUUUUUUUUUGGUGUCUUCAGAUUCCUGGCAAUUGCCUGGAUGAGUCCCUGGAGCUUUCUUGGCAAGAUUUUUGGAAGUGGUUUGCCCUUGCUUUGUUCCUGGGCUGAGAAAAUUGACUGGUUCAACCUCACCAGCUGACUUCGUGCCCAGUGGGACAAGAACUCAUGGCCUCCCAGUUUCUAGCCUGGUGCCUCCACUACUACAUUAAACUGGCUGUCAUUUUGAGAAAUACACUAAUUUUCUUGUAUUUUUUGCUAUCAGCCUGAUAAUCUGCUUCUCUUUCUUCUUCCCAAUCAUUCUUCUUGUACAUCCAGGGAGAUACCCUUCCCCAAAUUCCUUCUCUGAUAGAGAUUCAUCACAAAAUGAGGGUGGGAGAGAUUCCUCAAGUGAUGCUAGAGAGUUAAUAGUUUUAUUACACAUUCAUUGGGCAGAUUGUUAGCAUAUCUAUAUUUAACAAGAGUUACAUAUUAGGGGAAAAUACCGAAUUUUAAGAAUUUUCCUCAUUUCAGUUCCCUCUAAUGAAAAAUAGGGGGGAAAUAUAUUCUAGUUAAAAUGGGGAAGGCAGUUAAACAUAUCGAUAAUUAUUUCGUUACUGUCUUUUUUUAUUUUAGGACUGUAAUUUAUUGAUUGUUACUAUGCAUUUAAUCCUAGAUGCAUUGCUUCCUUACCUAUUGCAUCAAUGUUUAAAUCAAUUAUCAACCCAUGUAAAGCCAUUUUAUUAUGCCUUUUUUGUAUAUUCUCAACUGAAAAUUUUAGAUAUCCUGUGGGGGUUUUUUUUAACCUGGAUCUGAAGAUAAAUAAUGACUUCUGAAAAAUAGUUUGGGUUUGUUUUUCUUGCGUUGAUUUUUGUUCUGUUUUUGACUGAGAGAGUUCAAUUUCCUCUGAAUUCUCAUUUUCUCUUCAUGAGCUGGUUCAAACUGAUAAUAACACCUCUUUAAUAAAACAGCCAGAUGGCUGAGUAUUCCCAUGUAAAACCAAUAUUUAAUAGUAACAACAAUAAUACUUGUUCCCGUUACCCACCCUUAUUUUUUUUCUUUUAUAUACAUUUUAAUACA